AUGGACGGCCUCUUCACCGACCCCAAUUGCACCCAAAGCGUGCCCUGGGCCACUUGGCUUGGCGGCCUUGGUGCUCUGACCCUCGGUGCUGGUGCUGCUGAGCCCGGGUUGCCAGAGGCGCAGCGGGCCCAGCAGGCGGAGGAAGCAGCCGCGGCCCUUGGCCUUUCGCCAGACCCUGCUUGCUUUCUUGGUGCGGCCACACUACUGCUGGCGCAGGUUGCAGGCUCCUGGCGCCGUGGGCGCUUCGUUGCAGCGCUGCAUACAUUUGCGCUGCUGCAUGAUCAUUUUUUGACAGCAGCUCACCCUGGUUUCUUUGUCCACAGCGCGUGGCCCGUCGGAGAUCAGGACGUGCGAUAUUGGAAAGAUCGGUUACUCUAUCAGAUACGCCGAUUUCGCGAACUUGUCGGGCGGUCUCUACACCUAGGGGCCAGCGCGUUUACCGAAGAGUCUAUCCCAGAUGAUGUGGAACGAGAAAAUUUGGGAGGCUUUGCCUCACAUGCCUUGCGGCAGCAGGAAGCUGGCUACCGCCAACGAGGUAGAAAUUCCACCGAUCCGACUUUGGGUUGGCGGCCUUCCUGGGAGCUGUCUGCACCCGCUGCUUUGAUCCCUUUCAAGGAUGCUGCGCCCCCUCUGCGUGUAUUUGUUUAUGGUGAGGGAGAUGCUGACCCGGUGGGUAAGCUCACUCGUUCGCCGGCCUUCUGCCAUUAUCGCCAAUGGGGAAUGGAUGUUGGUUUCCAUGAUUUUUUCAGGACCUCUCCGAUUCGCACUUUUGAUCCAGAGAUAGCGGACUAUUUCUUUGUUCCUACCUACGCCUGCUGCCAUCAAGUUGCCGGCAUCGCCGAUUUCGAUGAGCUGGAUGCUGAUCACAAGGUACUUGUGUCACAGCUUGCCUACUUCCAACGCAGCAGGGGGCAAGAUCACAUCUUCUCGUUUCACUAUAUUGAUCUUUUUCCUUCGUGGCGGAAACACAUCCCCCGAAGUGUUUUUCUCACUCCAGAGACGGAGGUUGGUUUUGAACGGUCCCUGAACGAUUUUGGUGCCGACCAGGAACGCUUCCCUCCUUUCAACCCGUUGAAGGAUAUUGUGGUGCCGCCGUACAUCAAUAUGAAAGACAUUCUUGGAUUUGAUAUGCAUGCCAAGCCGAUGAGAGAGCGGGAGCAUCUUGCGACAUUCGCUGGAAAGUUAUGGUCGGACAUUGUGGAAGCUGCCGACGUGCGGGGAAAGGUGGUCGCACUGUCCCCUGCCCCAGGCUUCAAGAUCCAUGCCUUUGCAUCCAUCAGGGACAUGCUAAACCCGGAUGGAAUGCAGAGGCUUAUGGGGAACUCAGUUUUCUGUUUGGUGCCUCGUGGACGUGCAGCCUGGUCAGUUCGUUUCUUCGAGGCACUCUGGGCUGGCUGUGUACCCGUGCUGCUGUCGGAUCAUUACCAGCCUUCGUUCGACCAGCUCUUUGACGUUUCCAGGUUUGUAAUCAAGUGGCCUGUGUCGCGGAUUGAUGACUCGCUGGUUGCAUACUUGCACUCCCUGCCUCUGGAGGUAGCCGAGCGCUAUGCAGAGGAAGCCCGGCGGGUGCGCUGCUGGUACUUGUAUCCGCCACCUGAAGUCUCCUGGAUAGGUGACUGGCCUGCGAGGAAUGAGCUGGAAGAGGUGGAACGGAGGGUCUGCCCGAACUUGUCUUCCUCGCGGAACGCCUUCCAGGCGGUGGUUGAGAUACUGCGUCGCAGGGCCGUGAAGACUCGUUUACGACCGGACGGGUUCUAUGCGGCGGACCCGGCGCGCGGGUACCAGCCAAUGCCCAUGGACGACCAGCUCAGAUAUGUUGGGUUUGAUAAGGGCUUCUGCUUGAAGUUGCUGGCCUUGUGCUCGAGUGAUAUGCCUGCGGCCCGGCCGGUCAGCAAAGUCGUCGGCCUCCUGCAGGGCAUGAAGGAGCAGCUGGAAAGUGAGGCGGAGGAGGAGACAGACAUCAUGGAGAAGUACAAUUGCUGGUGCAAGGAGAAUGGUGAGGAAAAGGAGAAGGCCAUUUUGGAGGCCAGAUCCAACAUCAAGGAAUGGAAGACGCGCAUCACUGAGCUGACAGCGGUCAGUUCCAGCCUGGCAACGGAAUGCAACAACUUGCAGCAGGAGGUUGACAAGAAUGAAGCAUCUUUGGACGAGUCCAUGGCCCUUCGCAAGAAGCAGGUGGCAAAGUUCCAGGAGGAUGAGCGCGAAAUGUUCAACAACCUGAACUCUGUUCGCUCUGCCCAAGUGGCACUGAACACCUCGGUUCACCCCUCCUUCCUGCAGAGGCCCGAGGAUACACCGGUCCGCCUGCUGAGGAGUGUUGCAGAGAGGCAGGGGGACUAUCUCAAGUCCGAGAGCCGCCAGCAGCUCAUGGCAUUCUUGCAGGAUCCCACUUCAGGUUCUGUGCGGGGAGUAAUCGACGGGCUUGAGACGGACUUCGAAGGCAGCUUGAAGGAGCUGCAGGAGGAGGAGCUUCAGAACAAGGCUGCCUACGACAAGCUGGUGUCGGCCAAGCGAAAGGAGAUUGAUUCUGCCAAGGUGCAGAUUGCUACGAAGAAGGAGGAGAAGACUGCUGCUGAUGAGGAGCGCCUCCAAAAGAAGCAGGCAGUCAAAGACGCCCAGGGCUCUGUAGACGAAGACCUUGCCUUUGCGAAAAAGGUGCAGGAGCAGUGCGAUGUCAAAAACAAGGAGUGGGACAAGCGCCAAGCGACACGCGCAGAUGAGAUGGAGGCGGUGACGAAGGCCAUUGAGAUUCUUGAUUCGGACGAGUCCUUUGAUCUCUUUGGCAAAACCAUGAGCCCCUCGUUGCUGCAGCUGACAUCCCAGAAGGCCUCGGCCAUGCCCGAGCAGAUUUACAACAAGCUGCUGGCCUUGGGAAAGGCGCAUGACGCUCGCCUGGUGACACUUUCGCUCGAAGCAAAGGUGGACGGCUUGGCAAAGGUGCGGAAGCAGAUUGACUCCAUGGUUGCAGCGCUGAAAGAGGAGCAGGCUGCAGAAGUGAAGAAGAAGGAUUACUGCAUCGAGGAGCUGCAGAAAAACAGGCUGGCGGCCGAUGACAAGAAGCGCGAGAGCGAAGGCUUCUCUGCUGCGGCGGAGGACCUGAAGCAGAAGGUCAAAGCCGUCGAUCUGCAAAUGAAGGGAGUCGAGGGUGAAGUUGCAGAGCUGAAGAAGCAGCAGAAGCUGGCUGCACAAAACAGGGAGAAGGAGAACAGCGAGUUCCAAAAAGUUGUUGAUGAGCAGCGUCAGACGCAGGUUUUGCUGAAGAAGGCCCUCGGGGUCCUAGCAGCCUUCUACAACAAGAAGGAGGAUGACUCUUUCCUCCAGAAGGCCCACCCCAAAGAGCCAGAAACCUUCCGCAGCUACAAGAAAAGCUCAGCCAACAACGGCGUUAUGAUGAUGCUGCAGCAGCUUGUCGCAGAUGCCAAGGAGAUGGAAGCAGAGUCCACAGCAGCAGAGCGGGAGGCGCAGAAGGAUUACGAGGAUUUCGGCAAGGAAACCAACACAGCUCUAGCCACCAAGGGCAAGGAGCUUGAGGAUCAGGCUGAGCAGAAGGCAAAGCUGACGGAGAGGAUGGUCCAAGCCCAUCAGUCUGAGAAAGGUGCCAAGGCCGAAGUCGAGAACUUGGCCGGGCUCGAGGGCGACCUCCACGAGACUUGCGACUUCACCGUGCAGAAUUUCGAUGCGAGGCAACGGGCCAGAGCAGAGGAGGUUGAGGCUCUCCUGGAGGCCAAAUCGAAUCUCUCUGGUGCCAAGUGA